GAGUAGAGUGAGGAGCACCCUAACUCCUCUUCCCUGAGUAAAGAAAUGGGACGCUGAAAGGACCCCAGUCCCAGCCCCGCCAACGCCGACGCGAUAAAACUGGUUCCCCCACCUCAACCCCACCCAGCCCGGCAAAAUCGCACUACUUAACUGUGCUUUAUACUUUCCAAACUAGUAGCAGAAGAAGAAGAAGAAGAAGAACUCCGAAGAAGCCCUAAUCACUAGAAGUAGUAAGUAAUAAAACUUAACGAGGUAGGUGGCAGAAGAAUUGCAAGUAAAAGCAAAAUGCUUAUGGAUAUUAAUUAAUAUUGACACGGAUCUGGGCGAGCAGUAGCUGCCGGACUUCUUUCCCUGGAGGAGCACUGCGUCUUCUACAUUAACAUCAGUAAAAUUAUGGAGAGUUCUGCAUCCAAUGGCCACCGCUUCCGAAGGAUUCCCCGCCAAUCCUAUGCUGCCUCUUUGAAGUUAGACCCCCUUCUUGACGAAAACUUGGAACAGUGGCCACAUUUAAAUGAACUUGUUCAGUGCUAUCGAACUGACUGGGUGAAAGAUGAUAACAAGUACGGGCACUAUGAAAGUAUCGGCCCCAUUCAAUUCCACAACCAAAUAUUCGAAGGACCCGAUACAGAUAUUGAAACAGAAAUGCAUCUGGCUAAUGCUAGGCAAAGUAAGACUGAAGAUUCAGCUGAUGAAGAACUUCCUAGUACGUCUGGGAUUCAACUUUCAGGAUCUAGUAUCCCGGAGUCAUCGAAUUUGCGACUACUGAAGCAUUUCGGUGAAUCCCCCCUACCAGCUUAUGAACCCGUUUUUGACUGGGAGAAUGAGCGAUCUAUGAUAUUUGGUCAAAGAAAUCCAGAAACACACUUGCCUCAAUAUGCCAGUGGACUAAAGAUCGCUGUGAAAGUUCUAUCAUUAUCAUUUCAAGCUGGACUUGUUGAGCCGUUUUAUGGCACCAUUUCUUUAUAUAAUAGGGAGAGAAGAGAAAAACUGUCAGAGGAUUUCAGUUUUCAACUGUCACCUCCAGAAAUGCAAGAUGCCAGCAGUUCUUCUGAACAGCGCGGUAUUUUCCAUCUAGAUGCUCCAUCAGCAUCAGUUUGUCUGCUGAUUCAAUUAGAGAAACCUGCAACAGAAGAAAACGGGGUGACUCCUUCUGUUUAUUCACGCAAAGAACCAGUGCACUUGACUGAAAGAGAGAAACAGAAGCUGCAAGUGUGGUCCCGGAUCAUGCCUUACAGAGAGUCUUUUGCUUGGGCCAUCAUUCCACUCUUUGAUAGCAAUAUUACUGCACCAUCUGGGGGUUCUGCUUCACCAGGCAGCCCCUUGACUCCUAGCAUGUCAGGUUCAGGUUCUCAAGAUCACGUUAUGGAGCCAAUCGCAAAGAUUACUUCGGAAGGGAAGCUUAACUAUUCAAGUGCCGUGGUGGUUGAAGUUUCCAAUUUGAAUAAAGUUAAAGAAGGCUAUACUGAGGACUCACUCCAGGAUCCAAAGCGGAAGGUUCAUAAACCUGUCAAGGGUGUCUUAAGAUUGGAAAUUGAAAAGCUCCAAGCCAGCUCUGUUGAUUGGGAAAACACUUUGGAAAGUGGGCAUACCAUCUAUGGGUCCGUUGAACACGUGGACCGGUUGAGUGAUCCCAGUAUAACUAGAUGCCCCAGCAAUGGUUCUUAUGGACCUCACUAUGCCAGCUCUAAAUCAAUAUCCUUUCAGGGGAAAGAGAUGGCUCGAAAUGGAUCAAUUGCUCAAAGUAACUUGGAAUUUGCUGCCGACGAUUUCCAAGCUUUUGACUUCCGUACAACAACAAGAAAUGAGCCUUUCUUGCAGCUCUUCCAUUGUCUUUAUGUGUACCCUUUGAAUGUUAGCAUGAGUCGGAAAAGGAAUCUGUUUAUACGGGUUGAGCUGAGAAAAGAUGAUGUUGAUAUUCGCAAACCACCAUUGGAGGCAACGCAUCCAAGGGAACCAGCUGCAUCACUUCAGAAAUGGGCUCAUACUCAAGUUGCGAUUGCAGCUAGGGUUGCUUGCUACCAUGAUGAGAUUAAAGUUUCCCUGCCAGCCAUUUGGACACCACUGCAUCACCUAUUGUUCACAUUCUUUCAUGUUGACCUUCAAACGAAACUGGAAGCGCCAAAGCCAGUCGUAAUUGGAUAUGCUUCAGUUCCAUUAUCUACUCAUGCUCAGUUCAGGUCUGAGGUUUCUUUGCCAAUAAUGAGAGAGUUGGUUCCACACUACCUUCAGGAUACUGUUAAGGAGCGACUGGAUUACUUGGAGGAUGGGAAAAAUGUAUUCAGGCUUCGCUUACGACUAUGUUCAUCAUUAUACCCCAUUAGUGAGCGAAUUAGAGAUUUUUUUCUUGAGUAUGACAGACACACUCUUCGAACUAGUCCACCUUGGGGAUCUGAGCUACUUGAGGCUAUCAACAGUUUGAAGAAUGUGGAUUCUACUGCCUUGCUUCAGUUUCUCCAUCCUAUACUAAAUAUGCUCCUCCAUCUUAUAGGCAAUGGUGGAGAAACUCUCCAGGUUGCUGCCUUCAGAGCUAUGGUUAACAUUUUGACGAGGGUGCAGCAAGAAUCAGUAGAUGAAGCCGAAAGAAAUGUUUAUCUAGUGAACUAUGUUGAUUUUGCCUUUGAUGAUUUUGGUGGUCGUCAGCCGCCAGUAUACCCUGGUUUAUCUACAGUCUGGGGAAGCCUGGCUCGCAGUAAGGCGAAAGGCUACCGUGUAGGGCCGGUUUAUGAUGAUGUUUUGGCAAUGGCUUGGUUUUUCCUUGAACUGAUAGUGAAAUCAAUGGCAUUGGAGCAGACGCGACUGUACUAUCACAAUCUUCCCUCAGGUGAGGAUGUCCCACCAAUGCAAUUGAAAGAAGGUGUUUUCAGGUGUAUAAUGCAACUAUAUGACUGCCUUAUUACGGAAGUUCAUGAGCGUUGCAAGAAGGGUUUAGGGUUGGCCAAAUAUUUAAACAGCAGUUUGGCUUUCUUUUGUUACGACCUCUUGUCUAUCAUAGAGCCACGACAAGUUUUUGAAUUGGUAUCUUUGUACCUGGACAAAUUUUCUGGGGUUUGUCAAGCUGUGCUGCAUGACUGCAAGCUUACUUUUCUACAAAUUAUAUGUGACCAUGAUCUUUUCGUGGAGAUGCCUGGGCGAGAUCCUUCAGAUAGGAAUUACCUUUCUUCUGUCCUAAUACAAGAAAUUUUCCUAACGUGGGACCAUGAUGAUCUGUCUAUGCGGGCAAAGGCAGCUAGAAUUCUGGUGGUCCUACUUUGCAAGCAUGAAUUUGACGUGCGUUACCAAAAGACUGAAGAUAAGCUCUACAUUGCCCAGUUAUACUUUCCUCUUGUUGGCCAGAUCUUAGAUGAAAUGCCUGUCUUCUACAAUUUGAGUGCAAUAGAAAAGCGUGAAGUAUUGAUAAUUAUUUUGGAAAUAAUACGCAAUUUGGAUGAUGCCUCUCUUGUGAAGGCAUGGCAACAAAGCAUUGCUCGGACUAGAUUAUUUUUCAAACUUUUGGAGGAGGGCCUAGUUCAUUUUGAGCACAGAAGACCUGCUGAUAGCAUGUUAAUCAGCAAUAGUUCUCGCAGUCCCGGACAGGAAAAACCUGCAUCUCCAAAAUAUUCUGAAAGACUUUCACCAGCAAUUAAUCACUAUCUAUCUGAGGCAGCACGACACGAAGUGAGACCUCAGGGAACACCUGAAAAUGGGUACUUGUGGCAAAGAGUCAAUUCCCAGCUUAGUUCACCCAGUCAGCCAUAUUCUUUGCGGGAAGCUCUUGCUCAGGCACAGUCUUCCAGGAUUGGUGCCUCUACUCAAGCGCUGAGGGAAUCUUUGCACCCAAUCCUAAGACAAAAACUGGAACUUUGGGAAGAAAACCUUAGUGCAGCCGUCAGUCUUCAAGUUCUGGAAAUAGCUGAGAAAUUUUCAAGAACUGCUGCAUCCCACAGCAUCGCAACUGAUUAUGCGAAACUUGACUGCCUGACUUCUAUAUUUAUGAAUGUCUUCUCACGUAAUCAACCCCUGGAAUUCUGGAAAGCUCUCUUCCCUGUGUUCAAUAGUGUCUUUGAACUCCAUGGAGCAACACUAAUGGCAAGGGAAAAUGAUCGAUUCUUGAAGCAAGUUGCUUUUCAUCUUCUUCGUCUUGCAGUUUUUCGGAAUGACAAUAUCAGGAAAAGAGCUGUUAUUGGCCUACAAAUACUUGUCCGGAGCUCUUUCUCCUACUUCACGCAAACAGCUAGGCUAAGGGUCAUGCUAACUAUUACUCUUUCUGAAUUGAUGUCUGAAGUUCAAGUGACUCAGAUGAAAUCUGAUGGAACACUUGAAGAAAGUGGUGAAGCUCGCCGUCUUAGAAUGUCGUUGACGGAAAUGGCAGAUGAAUCUAAGAGUCCUAACUUGUUAAAUGAUUGUGGUCUUCCAGAUAAUUCACUUGUCUCUGUUCCUCAAAAUUCAUCAGAGAACCAUUGGUCCUGGACUGAGGUCAAAUAUCUUGCUGACAGUCUUCUUUUGGCUCUUGAUGCUAGCUUGGAACAUGCGCUUCUGGCAUCUGUUAUGACUGUGGAUCGAUAUGCAGCAGCAGAGGGCUUUUACAAACUUGCAUUGGCCUUUGCUCCUGUUCCAGAUCUUCAUAUAAUGUGGUUACUGCAUUUGUGUGACGCGCAUCAGGAGAUGCAGUCUUGGGCUGAAGCUGCGCAGUGUGCUGUUGCGGUUGCUGGUGUAGUAAUGCAGGCCCUCGUGAGCAGGAACGAUGGUGUCUGGAGCAAUGAACAUGUCAACGCCUUGCGCAAAAUAUGCCCAAUGGUCAGCAGUGAGAUAACUUCUGAGGCCUCAGCAGCAGAGGUAGAAGGCUAUGGUGCCUCGAAACUUACAGUUGACUCCGCCGUAAAAUAUCUACAGCUUGCAAACAAGCUUUUCUCACAAGCUGAGCUCUACCAUUUCUGUGCAAGCAUUUUAGAACUUGUGAUUCCAGUGUACAAAAGUAGAAGGUCAUAUGGACAGCUAGCAAAAUGCCAUACCAUGUUAACCAAUAUCUAUGAAUCCAUCCUUGAGCAAGAAUCUAGUCCUAUACCAUUCACAGAUGCCACAUACUAUAGGGUGGGAUUCUAUGGUGAAAAAUUUGGGAGGCUAGAUAGAAAAGAGUAUGUUUACAGAGAACCCCGUGAUGUCCGGCUGGGUGAUAUAAUGGAGAAACUUAGUCAUAUAUACGAGUCAAGAAUGGGUGGAACCACGUUGCAUGUCAUUCCGGAUUCUCGACAAGUUAAAGCUGAUGAGUUGGAGCCUAGUGUUUGCUACCUUCAGAUUACUGCUGUUGAUCCGGUCAUGGAAGAUGAGGAUCUCGGAAGCAGAAGGGAAAGAAUAUUUUCUCUUUCUACGGGAAGCAUACGUGCCCGUGUCUUUGACCGUUUUUUGUUUGACACUCCUUUUACUAAAAAUGGGAAGACCCAAGGUGGAUUGGAAGACCAGUGGAAGCGCCGUACUGUUUUGCAGACUGAGGGCUCCUUCCCUGCCUUAGUUAAUAGGCUUGUGGUUACUAAGUCAGAGUCACUGGAGUUUUCCCCAGUUGAGAAUGCAAUAGGAAUGAUUGAAACUCGAACUGCUGCAUUACGUAAUGAACUUGAAGAACCUCGCAGCUCUGAAGGCGAUCAACUUCCAAGGCUUCAGAGUUUACAAAGGAUACUUCAAGGCUCUGUGGCUGUUCAAGUGAACAGCGGAGUUCUGAGUGUAUGUACAGCUUUCCUUUCUGGUGAGCCUGCAACAAGGCUGCGCUCACAGGAAUUACAGCAACUAAUUGCUGCCCUCCUGGAAUUUAUGGCUGUCUGCAAGCGAGCUAUUCGGGUGCAUUUUAGAUUGAUUGGAGAGGAAGACCAGGACUUCCACACGCAGCUUGUCAAUGGGUUUCAGUCACUUACUGCAGAAUUGUCUCACUAUAUCCCUGCAAUUCUUUCGGAACUCUGAUGUACACUUCGAAUUCUUGUUUCUUCCGUUCAAAAGUGUGCAUCUUUGUAUAUCAAUUGUAAUUGUUUAGUUAUGUGCUCCCUUAGUUCACACAUUAGUCUUUUCUUUUCGCCUAUUCUUGCAUUAUGUUUUGAUUUAGAUGAUAGUUUUGCGUUGUUUCCCUUGGUAGAUAGUUAUUUGCUAUGGGGUUGAAGGGGCUUGUCUGUAAUGUAGCAUAAUGCACAAGGAAUAUAGAUCAGUAGUUUCAUGUUUUGUGCAACGUGCAAUGGUCUCACUAUUUGUCAAAAAA